AUGGCCGACGACCCGACUCCGGCAGCCGGGCCAAGCCAAGACGGCCCGGCUCGCAACAAAUUUGUCUCGUGGGUGAUCAAGAUAUUCAAUUUCAUCCUCGGCCAAUAUAUUUUGAUCAUGUUUGGCCUCGCCUGCUUAUUUGGAUACCUCUUUCCUCACGUCGCCGCACAUGGAGGUGUCAUUAAGUCCGAGUACAGCAUUCUGUACGGAGCGGUGGCAUUCAUUUUCCUAGUCAGCGGCCUGCAGAUAUCGCACCAGAGGUUGCUGGCGAAUUUGCACAACUGGAGGCUGCACUUCAUUACUCAAGGGAUCAGCUUUAUCCUGAUCCCUUGCUUCCAACUCAUGAUCGUACACAUCAUCAUUGCAGCCGGCGACCUCAGGACCCAGGUCAUUGAUGUGGGCAUUCUGGUGGGCAUGAUCGUGGUCAGCGCCAUCCCGACCACGAUUGCGUCGAACAUCAUCAUGACGAGGAAUGCUGGAGGUGACGAGGCCGCAGCCGUCGUCGAGGUGGUUUUGGGCAAUGUGUUCGGCGCAUUUCUGACUCCCGGCCUGGUGUAUGCCUUCAUGCCCAAGAAUCCAGAGUUUGAUGCGUGGAGGCCUGCCUCGCCGAGUACCGCCGGGCUCAUGUAUGCCCGUGUUGCAAAGCAGCUCGGCCUCACCGUCCUGGCCCCUCUCUUUGUUGGCCAGGUGAUUCGAUACUUCUGGACGAAGCAGGUCACAUAUGUGCUGAAUACGUUGAAACUGGCUAAGAUUGGGACCGUGUGUCUGGCUCUGCUGGUGUGGACCACCUUUUCCGGGGCUUUUGAAACCGACGCACUGUACAAGAUCACGAAGGCGUCUGUCAUCUUCGUUGUGCUGUUCAACAUCCUCGAAUACGUGAUAUUCUCAUUCAUCUGCUUCUACAUGGCUCGGCCUCCGAAGCCUCUGGUCUCUUUCGUCAACACCCACGUCGCAGACUCGAAGGCCCUGUCACGUCUGCCCGAGAAGCUCAGAAGGCCGCUGAGGACGAGAAGGAUGUCCCAGAUCGAGAUGAUAGCCAUAUGCUUCUGCGGCGCGGCAAAAACCACGAGUCUUGGUAUACCUUUGGUCGAAGUUAUGUGGGCCAACGCCGACAAUCUCACCCGGGCGUACAUCCAGAUCCCGGUACUGCUCUACACGAUCGAGCAAGUUUUUAUGGCGCAGAUUCAGGUGUAUUUGUUCAAGUGGUAUCUAAAGCGCUCGGAGAGAAAGGCCAAGGCCAAGGCUGAAGCAGAAAGCGGAGAAGGUCUAAGAAAUAGCGAACAUAACGAUCUGGAAUUGGACUCGUCACCGUCUCCUCGAGAUGAAGGCAAUGAAGAAGGUCUGGAUAGCAAGAAGGACCCAGAUCCAGACAAGCAGUCCAUUCGGGAAGUGCAAGACAGCUCGAAGAGCGCUCAACCUGAUAGACUUAGCAUUAAUGACAGAUAG